AAGAUGAUGAAACAUGUAAUAACAGAGAAAUAUCUGAGUAUAUUAAAUCACAUGAUCCUGGUGGUGCUUCAGAAUUAAGAAGUUCGGGCAUGACAAACAACAUUCACACCUCUGAAAAAGAAUGUGCUUUAAAUUUGCUUGAAAAAAUAAUACAAGAAUCG